GAUGUCGUUAGUCGUUCACGUGAAGGCAGCACAUACAAGUCAGAUAACUCACAUAGGUGGUGACACGUGAAGACAGCGUGGGCAUAUACGAACGAGCGGUUCUUAUAAGCGGUUAUUGUCGUUCAUUUAAAAGAGUCGUUCAAUGGUGCGAAUCGUUCGCGAACGUUACAUCUCGAGUCUCGGGGACUGGAGGAGGAGGACACAACUCGGCGAAAGACAUCCACAUUACUAAAAAAAGCAACACGAAGUAGACAAUGUCACAGCUAGCAUUAAGUUCAUGUAGCCUGUGGGAAGGCUGACCAUUCAGUCGUGGGGCUUUUAUAGCUAUUUCCAACGCAGAGAAGCAGCGUGAAGACACCGCAGUAUUUUUAGCUCACUUCUGAAAGGAAUACAACAAAAACAUGUCGUCUCCAAGUCCUGGCAAGAGGCGGAUGGACACCGACGUGGUGAAACUCAUCGAGAGCAAGCAUGAGGUCACCAUCCUCAGUGGACUCAAUGAGUUUGUGGUCAAAUUCCAUGGGCCCCCUGGAACACCGUAUGAAGGCGGUGUGUGGAAGGUCAGAGUGGAUCUACCCGACAAAUACCCCUUCAAGUCUCCAUCAAUAGGGUUCAUGAAUAAAAUAUUUCAUCCCAACAUCGACGAAGCGUCAGGAACUGUGUGUUUGGAUGUCAUUAACCAGACUUGGACAGCUCUCUACGACCUCACCAACAUUUUUGAGUCCUUCCUCCCCCAGCUGCUCGCCUACCCCAAUCCCAUAGACCCUCUGAACGGGGACGCUGCCGCCAUGUACCUUCACCGGCCGGAGGAUUACAAACACAAGAUCAAGGAGUACAUCCAGAAGUAUGCCACAGAGGAGGCGCUAAAGGAGCAGGAGGAAGGAGGCGGAGACUCUUCCUCCGAGAGCUCCAUGUCAGACUUUUCAGAGGACGAGGCUCAGGACAUGGAGUUGUAGUGACAGGCUCCCGCGGCCCCCGCCUUCUCCUCGGACGCUCGCUUAGCGGACUGGAGCGUACAUUGAUAUUUAAAUUUAAAAGGACUAUUUUUUACAGCAAGAGUUUUAUGGCUACAUGAGCAUUUGCAUACAGGAAGCUGUCAUUGGAGGAUUCGGACUCGCUGCAGCCUCAGGCUUGUUUUGCUCACUGACAUUUUGGGAGUGAUUGCAACUUCGCAACCAUGCAGAUUCACAUUUUUUCUCCUUGCAUUGGAACUACAGGCAAACUUUGCAACACUGGCCUGAGCGCCUGAUGCUUGGCAGGAAUCAGAGGCUCCACUUAUCCCUCUGCCCACUUCCUGCUCCGCCUCCUCUCCGUUUUAGGAAAGUUUCUUGUCAUUCUCUUGAGUGUCUUGAGUGUGUAUUGUGGCAUGACACAGAUUUCAAGUUGUGAAGGUUUUUUGGGGGGGGGACACAAGGAUUUAGUAGGAUUUUGUACUGAAAAAAGCCACUCUAAUUAGUAGACAACAGUACUGGUCAAACGUUUGGAGACAUUUUUUCAUGUUAGCCAAGGAGGAAGUGUGUCCAAACCUUUGACUCGUACUGUAUUUUAUGAGUCACUGCGGAUGCUUAUUCUUUUCCGACACAAGGUUACACUCAGUUACUCAGAAAGUUGAUGUGUUUGUUCGCUACUUAGUUAAAAUCCUAGCUUGGAGGUUAGCCAGCCAGCUUAGCCAGUUUGCUGGAAAUUUAGCAGGGUAGCUAGUUACAUUCUUAGUUAGUGAGAUCAGUACUUAGUUAACAAUCUAAUUAAUUGGUAAUUAGCUAGCUUGGUAGUUUGAAAAUAAGCACGCCAGCUACUUUGUUAGUUAGCUUGCUUAUUAGUUUGACAGUUACCUAGUUCUUUUGAAAAUAAGCAUGGUAGCUUGCUAGUUUGUCAGAAAGCAAGCAAGUUACCUACAGCUUGUGCUUUGUUAGUUAGAUAACUAGUUAGCCGGAAAGCUGGCUAGUUUUACUGAGAAGAAGUAAGAUAGCUAGUAGCUACGUUGCCAGUUAGUUAGCGCGCCAGUAAGCAAGAAUGGCAACAAGUUUGAAGAUAAGCAAGCCAGGUUGUUGAAUAGCAGGAUUAUGUAAAACCCACUGAACUCAAAAUGAUAUCUUCCAUUUACCAGUAAGUACAUUUUAUUUAAUUAAGUUUGUGUUAACAGCUUGGCCAAAGCAGGGGGAGGUUCUUUACUUGGCAAUACUGUACUUGUUUAUGUAUACAUAACCCGCUAACCAUGCAAAAAAAGUGUUCUCGCGGCAGCUGUAGCGUAUUGGACUUACCCAUUAUUUAGGAGUGUCUUUUCCAAAAAUCUUUUUUCCGAGUGUUAUAUCCUUUUUGUGCAAUACAGUAUCCUACUAAAUUCUUAUGGGGGUGUGGCCUUAGAGGCAGGGGGCGGGGCUUCUCUGGGUCUUUGUUUAAUUGUUGCCUAUUGCUUGUACUGAACUAUAACAGUUGUUUGACUUGCGUAGGGAUAGAUUGUUUUUUUCUCUCUUGCAGGUGGUGAGUUAAUCAUAAUGUACUUUUUGUAUACAACGCAUAUUUUUCCCUGUAAAGAUGAGGGGAAGUAACAACAUAUUGAAUCAGAUCCUUCUUAUAUGCAAACGUGGCCAUUGUACGAUAUUACGUCGUCCAACUCAAGUGCUCUUUCUUUCAGCCAGCCAACAUUCCGGUUUUGGUCACAUCCUUUUUUUUUAAUGAUGUUGAUGGCUUGUUGCGGGACCAAAAUGUAAUGGAUCUGAAAAGAAAAGGUCGUUUUUGCCCCCACAGAAGUUAUCUUAAAAGAGUAACUUUGUCAUAGUUUUCCUCUCUUCCAUGCAUUGCUUUGUGUUUUAGUGCAGCCUGAUGCAAUAUUAUCACCAUAAAAAGUGGACUGUUUCUUCAUCUUUGGAGAAUAAAAAAAGACUAAUUCUUAUCUAAACUUGAAUGAAUGAUAUUGCUAUUGGUAUAGGUUAUUUACCUUUUGUGUGGAAAUGGAACAGGUAAGCAUUAAAGUGUAUAUGUAGUACAGCCACGUGAGAAUGGCUCUAACGCGUCGUGAUAUCCAAAUCCACAGUGACAACCACCUCUGGUCAGCCUGGCUACGUAGUCUAAUGUGUAUUUUUAAUAAUCACACACAUAUAUUUGAUACCUAUAUCAUUACUUUCCAUGUUUUUAUUUUGGUCUUUUAAGCUUCUUUGUCCAGGCUAUGAGUCAAGAUAUUCCAGAUUUUCUUUCGUUUCUUUUCUUUUCUUUUUUUUAACGGCAAAACGUCAAUAAAUGUGCUUCCCUUGUAACUUCAAGAAAGAAAUAAAGAGCAAAAAAUAGUUACAACUGCCCACUCUUGUCAGUGUCAU